UUAUGUAUGACCACAUCAUUAAGAAGAAUACCAGACAAUAUUCCACAAGAUAUUAAAAAGAUUAGGAUUGAAAAUUCCCACCUCACAGAGUUACCUCAUGGAUCAUUUUCCAUACUGACAUCAUUGGAAUACCUGUGGCUUAACUUCAACAACAUUACUAUUAUGCACAUCAGAUGUCUUGAAAACCUGGGAAACUUGACUGAACUACGGCUGCAAGGAAACAAGUUACGUUCUGUACCCUGGACAAGCUUCCAGGAUAACCCACACUUAAAAAUACUGGAUCUGAAGCAUAACAGACUGGAUGUUCUUCCAGAGUAUGCACUACGAUAUCUGCCCAGCCUGACCUACUUAGAUUUAUCCUUCAAUCAGCUUACCAUCAUUUCUAAAGAUGUCUUCCUUAAUUGGCCUUUAUACCAGAGAGUUCAUGUGUCUGAACAAAAAGUAGAUGCUACACCAAAUGUUGUAGUGGCUCUCCAUGGCAACCCUUGGAUUUGUGACUGUCGCCUUAAAGGUUUUGUUCUUUUCAUUAAGCUGGUUGGGCCACCUAUUAUUCUGAUGAAUCCCUAUUUGACAUGUACAGGUCCAGAGUUCAGAGCUGGCUCAUUUUUUCAUGACAUAGAACUAAAGGACUGCAUGAAACCUUUGUGCACUUCUCCUGUAUCUAACAUCACAUCGCCUGUAGGUUCAAACAUUGCACUUACGUGUUUGGCUACAGCAAGGCCAACUCCAGUUAUCUGGUGGACACAUGCACUGAAAGUUAUAAAAGGAUUUAAUGUGACCCUUAUUCAUGUUGAUGAAGACACAGUCAAGUCGGAGUUGAUUAUUCCUUCGGUGCAGUCUACAGAUGGUGGACAUUACAGCUGCAUAGCUACUAACUUCAUUGGUAACUCUUCAGUUGAGAUAGUGCUCAGUGUUAUGACCCCAGAAACAGCUGCUCCAUCCGUUGCUCUGUCACCAUCUUCAACAUCAGAAGAAAACAUAUACAUAGAUAUAAAAAUCACAAAGCAAACAGUGUAUGGAAUAAUCUUAGAAUGGUAUGCAGCAGUCGAUAAUCCAGCUGAAACGUGGUACACAGUUCAUUUUGGCAGAUAUGAAACUGCUAGAAAGGCAACCAUCUCAAUUGGGCCAGGCAUCAACAGCUAUGCUCUAAAUGAUUUAUUACCAGCCACAAAAUAUGAAGCAUGUGUGGCUUUAAGGAAUCAGCCUCCUCAAAGAGGCCAAUGCAUAGUUUUUGUGACUGGUAAUGAUGUUAGCGAGCUGGAACAACGAGAAAAGUUAAUUCACAUUAUUGUCAUCGUGUGUGCCAUGGUGCUUGCAGUUCCAGCGGGAAUGUAUGCCUGUACAGCUGAAACUCGGUUUAACUGCAUUGAAAAGUGCUCAGAAUUAUUUAAGAGACCCCAACGUGGUGAAAAGGCAUUAAAAGCAAAGGAAAGGGAAGGUACAUUUGAUAGCCUACAGACUGCCAGUGAUGAAGGCCUUUAUCACGACUCCAGUGAAGACAAAAGAAGAAGACGAAGAUCAGAAGAUAAGGCUAACAAAAAUAAAACAGAUCAAAGGAACAAUGCUGAACUCUAUUAAGCUUGACCAUGUUGUGAAAGUUUGCAUCAGUACUUAGGCUCACAACAUAUGCUUUCAAUAUCCACUUCCCUAAAUGUGAUUGUUUCAUAGGAUACAGCUACUUUGUUAUUAUGACUAUAUAGUUUCCACACUGGAAUAUACUUUGUUUUGAUGGCUUGUGGUAUGUAAAUUCACAUUUUUUAGCUACAGUAUAAGACAAAACACGUGAGGGGAGCACUCAGACUAAAACAAGAUGUGUAUCCCUGCAUGUUGGUGGUACACCAUGAAAGAUGAAGGAAAGAGGAAUUAACACAUAUGUCAUGAUCACUCCAUGACUCACAUUUAGCCCCAUAUACAUGAUUUAGUUUUGCAUUUGGUGGUUUUAUCAUGGGCUGUUAAAUUCUUAUGAAAAUUCAUUAAAAUCUUAUAGAAUAUAAGUUGGUCUGUUUUUUAAAAGUUCCUUUAAGUCUACAUACUCUGUCUACAGAUAAUAUGAAUAUGUUUAAAU